UGGUGAGAUUUAUCCACAACUAAUCAGAAUAUCCAUUGAAGUGGGAUUUUCAUCAGGCCUGUUUUAAGUUAUCAACAUGUGCAAUCUUUGUUCAGGGUAGUCCUAUUUAAAUGUGUUAUUCUGCACUCACUAGGUGUGAAGCACAGCAAGCUGAACACAUAAUUAGAUGAUGCAUUGGAAGCUAACUGGAAGCCAGUAUAAAACUGAAAAAAACGUAUUUGGAAAAACAAAUUCUGUGACGGAAAGUACAAAUCAGAAAAAGUUGAGAUUCUACAGAGCUAAAAGUAUUUUAAACAUGAAUUGGUAAAUAAUUUCUAUUUACUUUCAUGUAAGAAAGAAAUGAAUGAUCAUCAGUCCCCAAAGUACAGCACAGUAUUUAAUAUAGCAAAGAAUCCCAAAGAGUGGGAGUAAGGAGUGAAAUACACAACAAUUAGAACAGCGUCAAUUCAGUUAACGAGUUAAUAAUGGUGUAAUUUUCCUCCAGAUAUCACAAACCUCUCUGCUCACAACAGAGGCGGCAUAUUUGUCUUGCUUGUAAAACGUAAUGCUAACAACUCGUAAUCCGAACUCGUUGGGGAUGCUGACGGAGCUUUCCCCCGUGUAUCUUUCAAUGCUUCUUUUGGGCGCAAUAUUUUUAUGGUGCUGAAUUCAAUUUGUAUAUUAGAUGCAGCUUUGCUUUAUUAUUGGCCCUAUUACAUACCUUACUGUAUGACUUAAAUAUAAAUAGUGUAGUGUGAGUCACCAAUCCAAUGGGCUUUGCACCAUCAUUUAAGUCUGUUUUUGGCCAGAUGAGUGAUUAAUAGUCCAUCACAAGGUUUCCUGGUGUUUAUCAUGUGGGUUCAAAAGAUAGGCAGCUGCAGCAGUGAAGUGUCCUCUGAUGAAUCAUGACUCUAUCCUGGCUGUCUCUUGCUAUUACACCUUAUACAGGAACUGAUUUGGCUCUCCACUAGUGUCCUGAAAUAGGCCCGCCUGACGCACAAUAGGUUGACAUUAAUAAGUCACGGAGAAGAAAUCAGAGCAGCAAUGACGCUUACAUGAGGUGUCAUAUAACGGGUGUCAUGUCUCUGUCAAAGCUCAUCUGCCUGUGUUUUCUGAAGGCAGGCAAAAACCACGUCACAGCUUUUUUUAUCACUGUUUAACACCGUUAAAGAGUUUCUUCCUGAGACAUGAACAUUUUCUUUCUAUUUGCACUUUUGCAUGAAUUAAGUUUAAAGAAAGUUGCCACUUUCUCUCCUCCACAUUUUCACAGGCAGACGUUGAAAGUCGUUUCCUUUUUGAUUUCCUGUAAUUCAAUAGCAGUGGGGAAAACUAUUUCUGGUAGCACAGAGCAGUAGAAACAUUAGAAGCAUACCCUCGGCAGGAAGUGCAGUCCUAAGUGAGUCGCCUGAAUCAGAGGUUUCACAAAGCUUUAGUCGAAGAUGCACCGUAAAGGGCUUCCAUGUUGUUGUUGUUGUUGUCUCCCAAAGGAAUGAAGCGGCUGGAACGGACCGGAGGUGUAGAAUAUGAAUCUGGCCGGCACUCGGGAGGUGCCGUAAAAUAGCAGCUAAGCUAGGUUUAAAAAGCAGGUCGGCAGCGGAAGGUCUGGCUUCUGAAAUUUGCUUUCCGUAAAGUGUUUAAUCUCUUUAAUCGGGCUAACGUCUGGGAUCGCUCUUGUUUCAAAGGUCGUGGGUUUGGGUCAUGUCUCCAAACAGAACCACUGACCCCCCCCCACACACACACUCACCCACCCAACUAAAAGCUGAGAUCAGCCUGGAGCGGAAUGCAAGUUGUCACCAGAGCUAUUUUGGCAAUGUACAGCCGCUAAUGAUUGUGAUCACACAGCGGAGCUCUGAGCAGUUGCUUUGCUUUCCUUUUUUCCUUGGAGUAAGUUUGAUCAUGCAGCUCUCACCGGCGCUUCAGGGAUUAAAGAGUUAAAACGAAUGGCACGUCGGCUGCGCUCGCAAUUUGCGUCAAGGAGAAGCAACACAGACCCUCUGUCAGAGAGCCUCAGCAGCCAUGGCGGGGAGAGCGGCGUCCGUGUGUCAGAUCAAAGCCCCACGGAGAGUCUGGCUCACAGCUCCGUCCACUUGAAGGUGACUGCACUGUCACCAGAGUAUGCUAAUUUACUGCGGCACUCUUCAGUGUUCAUACCCAGGGUUAACCCCGGAGGAGUUAACAAGAAGAGCAUUCUGAAGAUCUCGCUGGAGCCCUGUGGAACACCUAGUGGAGAGCUAGAUGGCAGUAUAGAGGAUGGAGACCCAGUGGCAAGGAAAGGAGGAGCAGGCGGGGGCUCUGACGGAGGCUCGUGCAGCAGCAGCAUGGCCAGCGAUGCCGGGUACUGUAGCAGCAACAACAUCUUUGAGCCAGAGGCUUCAGAAAAGCACAGGACCACCCAGGAGAGGAGUCUACUUCGCUGCAAGUCAAAGGUCCCUUUGAGACGCUGCUCCUCCUUGGUUAUAUUUCCAAAGAGCCCCUGCAGCACCCCACCUGCCUCCCCAGUCGGCCCAAUGGCUCUAUCUGCUCUCCCUCCAGCGAGGGGGGGUCAUCAGUCAUCUCUACAGACCUCUGCCAGUGAAUUCUCACAGGAAUAUGAGGAAGUGAAUUGCAAAGAGUCCAUUAUCACAGCAGUAAGUGGCCCUCGUUUGCCUAAAGGAAGCUGUCCAGCCGAGUUAAGGGACACCAAACACAUGGUGCAAUUUAGUAUUCCUCUACAGGAAGAAACAAACGGCAAAAUGGCGGACAGGAGCAAAAUAAGGGAACUGUCGUCAACUUUAGACAGAUCGAAUCGUCACUCCAGCAGCGUGCUGCUCCACUUUGCCAACCAGAGACCAAUAAUGGGAGCUACAACCACGUCUACAACCGACGUGGAAGAUCCCGAGGCUCCUAACCCAGCCGCACAAGCCGAUGGUGAACCCGAGCCUCGCAAAAAACUGUACCGCAGUACUUCCGCUUGUUUGUUCUCCUCGACUAAACCAACAGAGAGAAUGGUCUCUUCGUCAGGAAAAGGACAGCAAAGGCCCGUGCAGAACUAUUGCCAUCGAGCCAUACAAAGGAGCUUUUCCCUGGAGGUGCCCUACGCUAACACGGGAAUUUCAUGUCACGUCUCAAAUCCAAAACUCAGUAUCCCUCACUCUCCACAUGUACACAUUCAUUUGUCUCCUUGCUGCCCUGCUACGUUGCCUAGCUAUCUUACUGGCGUAAACACGAGCCACAAAGGGAUUAAUAUGGACAAGAGUCCGGUUCAAAACACAAAGACACGUGAUGACUUUCUGGGACAGGUGGACAUCCCCUUAAAUCAGAUACCGACAGAAAAUCCUAAUACAGAAAGGCCAUACACAUUCAAGGAUUUUCUACUUCACCCACGAAGCCACAAGUCCAGAGUUAAAGGUCACCUGCGUCUCAAAAUGACAUACCUGCCCAAAAGCCCAGGCUCAGAGGAGGAAACCGUAGAACAGACUGAGGACAUAGACCCUGGAUGGGAGUUUCUGGAGUCUCAGGGCCUGUCGGGUCGCAGACAAAGCCAGGUGCUGCCCGCUCUGCCCCCUGGCUGGGAGGAGCGGCAGGACAACCUGGGAAGAACCUUCUUUGUCAAUCAUGAGAGCAGAACCACACAGUGGCUACGACCCACACUCCAGGAAGGUAAUGUGCCCGUGCAAAGAGGACAGAACAAUAAUAUGGAUGCAGAGCAAGUUUUUAUGACACGCAGACAGAUCUCAGACCCAGAUGAGAACACCACACGAGAGUCUCCUGAGAGCUGGGAGAUCAUCACGGAGGACGAGUCCACCUUGUACCACAGCAAUAAUCAGCUCACAUCAUCUCCACCACACGGGCCUGGAGAGUUCCAUUCGCUGCACAAUGAGCAGAGAAACACACACUUCUCUGGGGCCACAGCUGGCGAGCAGCGCGCCUCUCAGAUGAAUCAUGCUAGUAUUUCAAGUCAUUCCAGUCGCAGAGGAAGUGCCCAGACUUCAACAGGGGAGGAGCAUCCUGUUAAUCCUGUGCAUAUUCCAAUCUCAGCUGGGCUGCCGCCAGGAUGGGAAGAGAAGCGAGACAGUAAAGGGAGACGCUACUUUAUCAACCACAACAGUCGAAGCACUUCAUGGACAAGACCCCUUAUUCAGAAAACCACAGAAGCAGCAACAACAGCAACAGCCACAACAACAGCAACAGCAACAGCAGCUGCAUCCGCAGCAGCACAGAGUGCGGCGGCUGCCCAGAGCCAGACUCCACCCUUACCUCCCAUGUCCCCCGAGGACGCUCCCUCCGUGCACGCUCCAAGCACCGAGGCCGCACACGAUUCUGGCUCCCUGCCGGCUGGUUGGGAGGUUCGCAGUGCUCCCAGUGGGAGACCCUUUUUCAUUAACCACACCACUAAGACCACUACCUGGGAAGACCCCAGGCAUCCUACGGUUCCUGUGCAAGUGAGGAAUAGACCCUCACUCGACCCAUCUGAUCUCGGCCCUCUGCCGCCUGCCUGGGAAGAGAGAAUCCACACUGAUGGGAGGAUAUUCUACAUAGAUCACAACACCAAAAUCACUCAAUGGGAUGAUCCCAGACUGCAGAACUCAGCUAUAACCGGACCAGCAGUGCCUUAUUCCAGAGAUUAUAAACAGAAGUAUGACUACUUCCGGAAGAAGCUGAAGAAACCGGCUGACAUCCCAAACCGCUUUGAGUUGAAGCUGAGGCGAAAUGCGGUGCUGGAGGACUCAUACCGACGCAUCCUGUCAGUGAAGAGGGCGGACCUGCUGAAGGCCCGACUGUGGGUGGAGUUUGAAGGAGAAAAAGGUCUGGACUAUGGUGGCGUGGCCAGGGAGUGGUUCUUCCUCAUGUCCAAGGAGAUGUUCAACCCAUACUACGGACUGUUUGAGUAUUCUGCCACAGACAACUACACACUGCAGAUUAACCCGAACUCAGGUUUAUGCAAUGAAGACCACCUGUCCUACUUCAAGUUCAUCGGACGCGUAGCAGGCAUGGCCGUGUAUCACGGCAAGCUGCUCGAUGCUUUCUUCAUUCGGCCUUUCUACAAAAUGAUGCUGCAGAAGCCAAUCACUCUCCAGGACAUGGAGUCUGUUGAUAGUGAAUAUUUCAACUCCUUAAAGUGGAUUUUGGAGAACGACCCGACCGACUUGGAUUUGAGGUUCACCAUUGACGAGGAGCUGUUUGGACAGACUCACCAGCAUGAACUGAAGCCAGGCGGAGCAGACAUUGUCAUUACUAAUGAAACCAAGAAGGAAUACAUCCAUCUGGUGAUGCAGUGGAGGUUUGUGAACAGGAUACAGAAGCAGAUGACUGCCUUCAAAGAGGGAUUCUUUGAGUUGAUACCACAAGAUGUGAUCAAGAUCUUUGAUGAGAAUGAGCUUGAGUUGCUCAUGUGUGGUCUGGGAGAUGUGGAUGUGAACGACUGGAGAGAGAACACCAAGUACAAGAACAGCUACUGCUCCAACCACGUUGUCAUCCUGUGGUUUUGGAAAACGGUGCUGUUGAUGGAUGCAGAAAAGCGAAUCAGGCUCUUACAGUUUGUGACAGGAACUUCAAGGGUCCCAAUGAAUGGCUUUGCUGAACUCUAUGGGUCUAACGGACCUCAGCUGUUCACCAUCGAGCAGUGGGGAACACGUGAUAAACUCCCCCGAGCCCACACAUGCUUCAAUCGACUGGACCUGCCUCCUUAUGAAUCCUUUGAGGAGCUGAGGGAGAAACUUCACAUCGCCAUUGAGAACGCACAGGGCUUCGAUGGGGUGGAUUAGAGCGUGUCCUGAGAUUACUGCACGAUGUGGGGAAGUCAUGAUGAUGAAAACAAGCUGUGCUAGAGAUGUUUUCACCUGCCAGCUGUGUGACAGAUGAAGGAGAGUCACACAACCUUCACUUUGGUCCUCUGUUGAGCCACGUGUGAAGAAAGGACAUUAAUUCUGGAGGGACGGGGUUAUCUAAUCACUCUACAUCUUUAAAAGUUUACAAAGCAAAAAUGCAAAGCUGUAAAGUAUAUAACAAAGUAUAUUACCUUUAAAAAAUUGUUUAAUUUUGGCUGAAUUGUGCUUUGAUUCUCACAUCAGGUACUUGUGAGAUUUUGUCUGUACUUUGUAGUUAGUGGGAAAACAUGUAAGUUAUGUUGCAGCCUUAAAUGAAUCCCUUAACUUGUUGUCGCAACAACGUGCCAGAUGUUUUUUCAACGGAAAAUCCUGUGUGAUCAAUUGGCCAAUUCAACCAAUUUAAUUAUUUUCAGUCAUACAUUUUUCAUUCCAUCACAAUAACUAAACCUAAAUAUAUUCCCCUCAAAAGCAUUGGUAGCAGAAAAUUGGCAGGUUAUAUAUUAUCUUUUGAGCAACUACACCUACAAUAAGUGUAUUAUAUAAUUACCAUAGUAGUAGUGAUGUACCAAUACCAGGACCAUUAGAAGGCUAAAUUAAUUAUAAUUUGUAGUUUGUAACUGACUUCAUGCAGUGUUGGAUUGUGCUGAUUUUUUGCAUAAUUGUACAUAUUGAUAUGAGGUCAUUGAAUAUCACCUGCAUUUUUGUUCUUUUGUUAUUACAUGAAUAUACUACACUGUAUAUACAAGAAGGAGGCUACGCUCUGCAAAAAUGUAUAAAGGCAUCUAUUGUUAAAACUCAAAAUUGUUAACUUACCAGAUAUUGGUGCAACUCUACAUUUGUCUUUUAUGAUCAGUAGCCACUUUUACUCAAGUUCAACAGAAACUAAGUAAAUACAAAUAAAUAAGGUAUUUACACAUAAUAUUUGACAGACUUACAUCUUUACACUUACACUUUGCAUACAGUAUGUUCGAAAUUAAAUCGUGUUGCCUUUUGUCAAUGAGUGAUAUAAUUUUGUGUUCCUUUUCUUUUCAUCAUUGUUGUCUAAUUGCGGUGCUCUAUUUGUAAGAGUACAACUCUAGUAAUUGUUUCGUUGUUUGUCAAAAUUUGUACAGAUUGUUCAUUUCAAACAUGACUAAUCACAUGUUAAUAAUUUUUCUUCAGCAGUAGUUUUAACAUUUUCUGGAUGGGACUACGUGUUUACCCACUGCCAUGUUUACAGGUCAAUGAUGAAAUAAGAUUUUAUGGGCUGGUUCUUGUCACAACACAAUUUUAUACUUUAUGCUUUUAUACAGUCAAGCACUUUGCUGAUAUAAAUGAGUCUUACUUCUGAACUAUCUGAAUCUUUGCCAAUCUGUCACCUGCAGACCGCUAGAAUUGCUCUUUAGGAAAAUUGUCCGAUUCGAAGUGCACAUGUUUAGAUGUUUACAUGUGAACAUUGCUGAAAAUAAGCAAAUUAUCUUCUUUCAGUUAUAUUUAAAGUUAAAUACAGAGGCCUUUGUUUGUAAUGUAUUGUAGAAUUUGAUGGUUAAUGUUUUAAUCUCUAAAUGGAUGUACCGUUGAAUAGCUAUUGAAGAAUAAUGAAUAGAUCAACAUCUAAGUUCGGAUAUAUCAGAUUUUCAUAUUAUAAAAAAAUAAUUUAAACACAUAAGUGCAUUACAACAACAACAACGUGAAUACAUAUAUACAACAUUCAAAAGGGUUGAAUAAAAUGUAGUUGUUGAAUACCCAUUUUAUGAAAAAUAGCACAAGAAAUUUAAUCAAAAUAUAUUUGAGAAAUAAAGAAAUACAAAAACAGUC